CAUGUUAACAAGAUAUUGGUCAAGAAACGAUUGCACUCCUCGGUUGAGGAGUGCAGUCAAUUGAAGUUGCACUGUUAAUUGUACGACACGAGUAAAAAUAUCGAGAGAUAUACUUGUCGCGCGACAUGUGUUGGACGAGAGAGAGAGAUCAGGUUGAACUGUUUUUAUAAACAUUUGUGCCUUUCAAGUAUUUAUCAAUAUUUCCCACGACCUUGACCUUGAUUUCACGGGACAAGGCAGGAUCCAACGGAACGAGAGGUUAGGGAAUCGCUUAGAAAUUAUAGUUGGUCUUUCUCAACGCGCUCCGAAAAAAAAGGAAAAAACAAGCCGUUUAUCGCAUCUGCAUGAUUACGAUAUCGCGAGUACCGAGGAAUCCAAGACGCAGAAAACGAGUCUUCGACAUAACAUGAUAGCUUUAUUGACCAGGCGCGUGAGUGGAGGGGAUUGCGUUCGAAAGUGCAUAUCGCGCAUUCACUACGGCAGAGAUUUAUCCGCCGCUGUCUCUGGGAGAGCCAAGAUGGGCAAACUAACUGCGGAGGAGAGAGAGCAGAAACUGAGCCCGUUGCUGUCGACCGGAUGGACCGUCCAAGCGAACAGGGACGCGAUUUACAAGGAGUUUGUAUUCAACAACUUCAAUGAGGCCUUCGGAUUUAUGACGAAGAUAGCUUUACAAGCCGAAAAAAUGGACCACCACCCCGAGUGGUUCAAUGUUUACAAUAAAGUAAACAUUACCCUGUCGUCCCACGACGUGAACGGGUUGUCGCAGAGGGAUGUGAAGUUGGCGGCCUUCAUCGACAAGGCUGCUGCCUCCGCUGGCAAUUAAAUCUCAUUUGACUCGCUUGUCGAUCCACCCGACUUCUGCUUGUAAAUUUAUUACGAGUGUAAUGACAAUAACGAAACAAAUAUUGUUUAUCAUUGAUUUGUAGCAUAAAUGUUGAUGGCAUCAGUUA